ACUGUGAGGACUUGCCCUUCCAAGUGGUGCGCGUGCUCUACCACUGAGCCGUGGGAUUAUCAGAAAUACUUGUUACCGAACCUCCGGUGUUAGCAAGCAAAGUGAAGAGGGUUUGGAGCAGAGCCGCGUUUUGAAACCUGGUUUAGAAGUUCUGGGCUGACUUUCUCUGACUUUUUAAAACAUUCUCUGGAGAGCCACUCCCAUGGCGGAGCGGAGCAGCAGGACGACCCAGCUCCGUCUCCAGUUCGGACACGAGGAGAGCUCGUUUCCAGGUUUUGCGGAAUCGUUUUGACAUCCCCUCCAGUGGAAUGCGGUUUGGAGAGUUUUUGACGGAAUAACCUGAAAUUCGUCGACCGGGCCAGGUAAGACAUCACCUGGCAGCUCCCUGAACAAAGAGCUUCUAAGAUGGUGGGACACCUUUAUUUUUUUCCGGACCUUUUUUUAGCUUCUACCGUCUAUUGAAGAGAAGGAAACACCUGAACGAACACCUGCGUGACCGGACAAUACCUGAGCUGUAAGGUGAAUCCUAGUGGCCUAACCUCGCGUAACUUCAGGUCCCAUCAUGUCUUCUCGCCUCCUUGGAUUCAGACCAUCGUCUGUGUGUUUCCUGCUCAGUGUCGUCCUGCUGCUGUCCUCAGGAGUUCAUGGCCAGGGUCGUCUGAAGCUGACCGUUCUGUCUGAGGACCGAUUGCAGAUGAAGUGGAAAGAGGCCGAUGGUCCCGUUCAAGGAUACAAAGUUCGGGUCAGAACAAUGUCAGAAGAGCAGCAACCAGAGCUGAUGCUGACCACCAGCCGAGGCCGGGCAACAGUGGCGGGACUGGACUCCAGUCAGGAAUACUCCCUCCAAGUCUUCGUUCUGAACGGGACGACAGAGAAGCUUCUGGCAAAAAGGCGAUUCACUUUGGAGGGUCUGCGAGAGGAAGAGAUGAUCCGCAGCGGUAGCCGUGAGAACCGUAGGAAGUUGAUUCCAGGCGGGUCGGGCUCGGGGGAUCUGGACGAUUCGACGGCUGUUCUGCUGGACCUGCCAACAGUUCUGUUUCCAGACCCCACUCUUACCACUGCUGCCACCGUCACAACUGCAGAGCCCUCAGCCACAGAAAGCGCUUCCGAAUACCCUGAUGAGCCCCCAGAGAAAAGCACCAGAGAGAAGAGGAAGAGGAAGAAAGAGAAGGAGCAACAUAGUUCCACUGUGCAAAACAAGGAGGAGCAUGGGAUGAAACAGGGCUUUCCCCAGAGGAAGCCAUAUGAGUGUGAGAGUGACGCGGCAGCAGACAUCAUGCUGUUGGUUGACGGUUCCUGGAGCAUCGGACGCACCAAUUUCAGGCGGGUCAGAGACUUCCUGGAGGGUCUGGUGACGCCGUUCAACAUUGGACCAAACCACAUUCAGAUCGGGUUGACCCAGUACAGCGGAGACCCUCGCACUGAGUGGCACCUGGGUAACUUCACCACAAAAGAGCAGCUGUUGGAGGCAGUGAGGAAUUUCAGAUACAAAGGAGGAAACACGUUUACAGGACAGGCACUGCUCCACGUCAUGGAGGAAAACAUGAAGCCUAAGGCAGGAGCGCGAGCCAGUGCACCAUUUUUUCUGGUUCUGUUGACUGAUGGGAAGUCUCAGGACGAUGCCAUUGCAGCAGCUAACCGGCUGAAGAAUGCAGGCGUGGAAAUCAUCGCUGUAGGUGUGAAAAAUGCUGAUGAAGCUGAAUUGCGGCAGGUGGCAUCAGAGCCAGUUGAUCUGAACGUCUACAACGUAAAUGAUUUCCCCCUGCUCAGCAAGCUGGUCGCUCGGCUGGUUCACAUUCUGUGCAGGAGGAUAGAGGACCGUGGCAUCUCAAAACGAAUGGAGCCUGCACCCACCACACAGCCCGGCCUCUCCUUUCCCAGUCCUACUGAUCUGCGGUUUUCCCAACUUGGAUCCAGACAAGUGAAGCUGCACUGGACCAAUCCUGCCCAGCCUGUCCAGCAGUACAGAGUGGUUUACCACAGUGCUGAGAGUCAGAGUCCACAGGAGGUGGUUUUAUCCGGCUCUGAAUCCACUGUUCUGCUCGAUGGCCUCUCAUCUCAGACACUCUAUCACAUCUCCAUAUUCCCUGUGUACACCAGCAGCGUUGGCUUGGCCCUCAGAGGAACUGUCACUACAUUGCCUCUGGCUAUGCCAACCAACUUGGAAGUGACUCCCUCCUCUUACAGUACUUUGCAAGUAAGUUGGAGUCCAGCUCCUGGUGCGACUCAUUACAUGAUUCUGUACUCAGCACUCAGCGACGGAGAGCCUGAAGAUGCAAAGGAGGAGAAAUUCAGCGCAGGCCAGACAGUGGUGGAGCUUGCAGGCUUGCUGCCAGAAACAGACUACUCUGUCACUCUUUAUGCUCUCUAUGACGAAGAGCCCAGUGAUCCAGUCACUUCAGUCUCCUGCACACUACCCCUCCCAGCUCCGGUUGGAAUUCACUUCCCGAUUGUAACCCACAGCAUGGUAAAGGUGAGCUGGGUCCCUGGUGCUGUGGAUGUCCCAGGCCACAGAAUCACCUACAGCACCAAUCAUGGCAGUGACACCAAGCGGAUGGAGGUAAAAGGCCAGAACUCUGUUGUGCUGCAAAGCCUUUCAUCUCUGUCCCGAUACCUGGUUUCAGUCCAGUCCCACUACCCGCAAGGCCUGUCUGCAACACUCACCAGUAACAUCACAACACUGAAGGUGCCUUCUCCAUCCGAUCUCAAGGUGACUAAUUUCUCAGGCAGUGAAAUUAUGGUACGCUGGGCAGCAGCAGCAGAUGAUGUGGUCUAUUACCUCAUCAAAUGGAUCUCUUUAAGUGAAGGAGACCUGAGGCAGCUGAAGGUGAAUGGAGACAAUGAAGGAGCGAUCCUGGAGGGAGUGGAAGAGGAUAAAGAAUACCAGAUCUCUCUGUCUGCACUUUAUGGAGAUGGAGCUCAGAGUGAGGCUGUUGCCAUUCGAUACAGUACCUUGUCAGGCGGAGGCCCGUCCAGUCUAUCCGUGUCAGAAGAAACUGCAGUUAGCAUGUUGGUCAGCUGGGUGCCUCCUAAUGCUCACGUCCUCCAGUACCGGGUUUCUUACACACCACUGACCGGAGCUGAGGCCCAGGAUGGAACUGUGUUGGUUCCCGGUGGUCAUAAGCAGGUGGUGCUGGAGUCAUUGCAGCCAGAUACACGUUAUAGCAUCUUAGUCACUGCAGAGUAUCGCAACAGAGAGGGAGGCAGCGGCUCAGCUCAAGGCAAAACCAACAAGCAAAUAAAACAGGAAACUGUGAAUGAGUCCACCAACAGCUACUGCUUCAACCACCUGGAACCUGAAACCCUGUAUCGUAUCAGCGUACAUUCGCUUCUUGGCUCUGCAGAGGGCGCUGCCGUCUCAAUCCUCCAUCCUACAGCUCCAGCUCCAGCCAGAAUUCCCAUUCCUCCCCGGACAUAUCCUGUACACAAUGAAGUCUGUCCUGAAGUCACCAUCCAGAAUGGCAUUGUUAAAGGUUUUAACAUGAUGGAAGCGUUUGGUCUGACGCGGAAAGCUCACUCAUCAGUGGAGGGAGUGUCAGCCGAGCCCUUUGUCUUCAACACUGUGCCUGCCUACACCGUGUACAGAGAUGUGCAACUGACACAGAGCACCAAGUUUAUUCACCCUGCCGGUUUCUCUCCAGAGCACACCAUCAGCAUCACUUUUCGCCUGCUGCAGGAUACACCAAAGGAGGCCUUUGCUCUCUGGCAGCUCACUGACAAUGACUUCCAGCCAAAGAUGGGAGUUGUGAUUGAUCCUUCUAGCCAACAUCUAUGGAAGUUUUCAAAUUUCCAGCUGCAGUCCUUUGACAUCAUCUGUAACAACACAUGGGCUUCAAUGGACACCUGUUGUGACCUGCCUGGAGCGAGGGAUGAGGAGAGCUGCCCUGCUCCACCGUAUGCAUGUACCUGUUCCUCCAACGUUCAAGGAGCUCCAGGCCCUCCUGGACCAAUUGGGAAACCAGGUCCUCGAGGGGAAAAAGGUGAUAAGGGAGAACAGGGCUCAAAGGGAGAGGUGGGCCCCCCAGGUAAGGCUGGAUUUGAGGGGGGUCUUGGACCUCUGGGCAGCAUUGGCCCCCGAGGCAUAACAGUACAAGGCAAAAUUGGUCCACCAGGAGCGAGGGGGGAAAAAGGAGAUCCUGGCAGACCAGGAGUCCAGGGUUUACCUGGACCUCCAGGUCCAAAGGGAGAAGAGGGGAUCCCAGGCCCCAGGGGGGAACCACAGUCUGUGGCCAUGAUCUAUCAACUAGUGACACAGGCUUGUGAACAACUAGUUCACAAGGAGGUAUUGAAGCUUGAUAUGUACAUCAAUGAGAUUAGUCGAAAGCCCGUUCCGAUUGAGGAGCCGGUGGGUCCCCCAGGCGAGCCCGGUAUACCAGGGUCCAGGGGCCCACCUGGUGCCAGGGGCAACCAGGGGAAUGUUGGCUCAAGAGGGAAACCUGGGAGGCCUGGGUAUCCAGGAGAGCAAGGUCGGAGAGGAAUCCCUGGAGAAAAAGGAAGUUUGGGGAAUAAUGUCCAGGGACCCUCGGGGAUUAAAGGGUUUGCAGGUCCUCCAGGGGAGUCCAAGCCAGGGGUUCCAGGUCCAAAAGGAAAUGAUGGCAAACCAGGGCCACCAGGGACCACUGGGCCUUCGGGUCAGCCAGGAGAGAUUGGGCCACGGGGCAUGUGUGACAGCAGUGGAGGCUGUCAAAAUGUUCCCCAACAAACAGAAGAUCCUUAUUACGGCUACCAACCCUGAGAGGAGAAAGCAAGCAGUCACCAAUGAAAUGACUCUCCUUGGAGCUGAGCAGAAGUGUGUUUACCAGCCACCCUGUUCCAGUCUCCAUUCUGUUUGAAAUCUCCAGAGAAAUGAACCUAAGAUGAAUCAGAGAGCUUUCCAGUAUAAACCAGAAUAACUGUCUAUAAUAAAGAAAUCUCAGUUGGAUCACUUGAGUGCCAUAUUAUACAGUUUAGCACUGAAAGCUUUUCUUUAUGUUUUUAUGUAUUCAUGCACUGCCUAAAGUACCAAGUUAAGUCUUUGAAAUUAUUUUUUGUUUUCAUUGUAAGCCUUGUUGCCUCUAAGAUAAUUUAAAAUCCAUAUUUUGUGGUAUGAAAGGUUCUUUUUUUUACACUAUAUAUAAAUAAUACUGAGACUGCAUUUAGAUAUGUAUGAUAAUGUGUAUAUGUUUUGUAGUAUUUGCUGCAUCUUUUUUUAAUUCAUGUAAAUUUUGUGUUCUGAAUUUCACCUGGAAGCCCCUGUUUACAUUUUCUGAUGUCUUACGUUUGGCAAAUUAUAUGAUUGAGAGAACAAAAGUGUUUAAAUAUUAAAUAAAAU